AUGCUGGACCCGUCUUCCAGCGAAGAGGAGUCGGACGAGGGGCUGGAAGAGGAGAGCCGCGAUGUGCUGGUGGCUGCCGGCGGCUCGCAGCGAGCGCCGCCGGCCCCGGCUCGGGAAGGGCGGCGGGACGCGGCGGGGCGCGCGGGUGGCGGCGCGGCCAGACCCGUGAGCCCGAGCCCCUCGAUGCUGAGCGAGGGGCGAGACGAACCUGAACGGCAGCUGGACGAGGAGCAGGAGCGGAGGAUCCGUCUGCAGCUGUAUGUUUUCGUCGUGAGGUGCAUCGCGUACCCCUUCAAUGCCAAGCAGCCCACCGACAUGGCCCGGAGACAGCAGAAGCUUAACAAGCAACAGUUGCAGUUACUGAAAGAACGGUUCCAGGCCUUCCUCAAUGGGGAAACCCAGAUUGUAGCUGAUGAAGCAUUUUGCAAUGCAGUUCGGAGUUACUAUGAGGUUUUUCUGAAGAGUGAUCGAGUGGCCAGAAUGGUUCAGAGUGGAGGAUGUUCUGCUAAUGACUUCAGGGAGGUAUUUAAGAAAAACAUAGAGAAACGUGUGCGGAGUUUGCCAGAAAUUGAUGGCUUGAGCAAAGAGACAGUGCUGAGUUCCUGGAUAGCCAAGUAUGACGCCAUUUCCAGGGGUGAAGAGGACUUGUGUAAACCACCGAACAGAAUGGCCCUAAGCGCCGUGUCUGAACUUAUUCUGAGCAAGGAGCAACUCUAUGAAAUGUUUCAGCAGAUUUUGGGGAUUAAAAAACUGGAACACCAACUUCUUUAUAAUGCAUGUCAGUUGGAUAAUGCAGAUGAACAAGCAGCCCAGAUCAGAAGGGAACUUGAUGGCCGUUUGCAGUUGGCUGAGAAAAUGGCAAAGGAAAGACGAUUCCCCAAGUUUAUAUCAAAAGAAAUGGAGAGCGUGUAUAUAGAAGAAUUACGGUCUUCAGUGAAUUUGCUAAUGGCCAAUUUGGAGAGUCUUCCAGUUUCAAAAGGCGGCCCAGAAUUUAAAUUGCAAAAAUUAAAACGUUCCCAGAACUCUGCCUUUUUGGACAUAGGGGAUGAGAAUGAGAUUCAGCUGUCAAAGUCCGAUGUGGUCCUGUCAUUCACCUUGGAGAUUGUCAUAAUGGAAGUGCAAGGUUUGAGGUCAGUCGCUCCCAAUCGAGUUGUUUACUGUACAAUGGAAGUGGAAGGAGGAGAGAAACUGCAGACAGACCAGGCGGAAGCCUCAAGGCCACAGUGGGGAACCCAAGGAGACUUCACCACUACUCAUCCACGGCCUGUGGUCAAAGUAAAACUCUUCACAGAAAGCACUGGCGUCCUGGCUCUUGAAGAUAAAGAACUGGGAAGGGUGAUAUUAUACCCAACUUCCAAUAGCUCCAAGUCAGCUGAGUUGCACCAAAUGAUAGUUCCAAAAAAUAGCCAGGACUCUGACCUAAAAAUCAAGUUGGCAGUACGGAUGGAUAAACCGCCACAUAUGAAGCAUAGUGGAUAUCUGUAUGCCCUUGGACAGAAGGUUUGGAAAAGAUGGAAAAAACGUUACUUUGUUCUUGUUCAGGUUAGCCAAUACACCUUUGCUAUGUGCAGUUAUAGAGAAAAAAAGUCUGAGCCACAAGAAUUAAUGCAGCUUGAAGGAUAUACUGUGGAUUACACAGAUCCCCACCCAGGCCUUCAGGGUGGGCAUAUGUUCUUCAAUGCUGUUAAAGAAGGAGACACUGUAAUAUUUGCCAGUGAUGAUGAACAGGAUAGAAUACUGUGGGUUCAAGCCAUGUACAGGGCCACUGGACAGUCCUAUAAACCUGUUCCUGCAACUCAAGCCCAGAAGCUGAAUCCUAAAGGAGGGGGUCUCCAUGCAGAUGCUCAACUUUAUGCAGACCGUUUUCAGAAACAUGGUAUGGAUGAGUUUAUUUCUGCGAACCCCUGCAAGCUGGACCACGCCUUCCUGUUUAGAAUACUCCAGAGGCAGACUUUGGAUCAUAGACUGAACGAUUCCUAUUCUUGCUUGGGGUGGUUUAGUCCUGGCCAGGUCUUUGUGUUGGAUGAGUACUGUGCCCGUUACGGUGUGAGGGGCUGUCACAGACAUCUCUGCUACCUUACAGAACUGAUGGAACAUUCGGAGAAUGGUGCUGUCAUUGACCCAACCCUGCUCCAUUACAGCUUUGCAUUCUGUGCCUCUCACGUGCACGGCAACAGGCCUGAUGGAAUCGGAACUGUUUCAGUGGAAGAAAAAGAGAGAUUUGAGGAAAUAAAGGAAAGACUCUCUUCCCUUUUAGAGAAUCAGAUAAGCCAUUUCAGAUACUGUUUUCCCUUUGGACGACCUGAGGGUGCGCUGAAAGCUACACUUUCAUUACUUGAAAGGGUUUUAAUGAAAGAUAUUGCCACUCCCAUACCAGCAGAAGAGGUGAAAAAAGUGGUCAGAAAAUGUCUUGAGAAAGCUGCCUUGAUCAAUUACACGAGACUCACAGAAUACGCCAAAAUAGAAGGUCAGUACAAGACCAUGAACCAGGCGACUCCCGCGAGGAAGCUGGAAGAGGUUCUUCAUCUAGCGGAGCUCUGCAUUGAAGUCUUACAGCAGAAUGAAGAGCAUCAUGCAGAGGGAAGAGAGGCAUUUGCCUGGUGGCCUGAUUUAUUGGCAGAGCAUGCAGAGAAAUUUUGGGCUUUAUUCACAGUAGAUAUGGAUACAGCACUUGAAGCACAGCCACAAGACUCCUGGGACAGUUUUCCUCUUUUCCAACUGCUUAAUAAUUUCCUCAGAAAUGACGCACUUUUAUGUAAUGGAAAAUUUCAUAAACACUUGCAAGAAAUCUUUGUGCCCUUGGUGGUCCGCUACGUGGAUCUCAUGGAGUCCUCCAUCGCUCAGUCAAUUCACAGAGGUUUUGAGCAAGAGACAUGGCAGCCUGUCAAGAAUAUCGCCAACAGUCUUCCCAAUGUAGCUCUUCCAAAAGUUCCAAGUCUGCCUCUUAAUCUUCCACAGAUUCCUAGCUUUUCUACUCCUUCGUGGAUGGCUUCUUUAUAUGAGUCCACCAAUGGCUCAGCAACAUCAGAAGACCUUUUUUGGAAACUUGAUGCACUGCAAAUGUUUGUCUUUGAUCUUCACUGGCCAGAACAAGAAUUUGCCCAUCACUUAGAGCAAAGACUUAAACUAAUGGCCAGUGACAUGAUAGAGGCCUGUGUCAAAAGAACAAGAACUGCAUUUGAACUCAAGCUGCAAAAGGCAAGCAAAACCACUGACUUGCGCAUCCCAGCUUCUAUGUGCACGAUGUUUAAUGUGCUAGUUGAUGCCAAAAAGCAAAGCACCAAGCUCUGUGCCCUGGAUGGAGGACAGGAGCAGCAGUACCAUUCCAAAAUAGAUGAUUUGAUUGACAACACUGUAAAAGAAAUCAUUUCACUCCUAGUUUCAAAGUUUGUUUCAGUGCUGGAAGGGGUGUUGUCUAAGCUCUCAAGAUAUGAUGAAGGCACUUUCUUCUCAUCCAUCCUGUCAUUCACUGUGAAAGCAGCUGCAAAAUAUGUUGAUGUUCCAAAACCAGGGAUGGAUCUGGCAGAUACCUAUAUUAUGUUUGUUCGGCAAAAUCAAGACAUUCUUCGAGAAAAAGUCAAUGAGGAAAUGUACAUAGAAAAGUUGUUCGAUCAAUGGUACAACAGCUCCAUGAAAGUCAUCUGUGUGUGGCUGGCUGAUAGAUUAGACCUUCAGCUUCAUAUUUACCAACUGAAGACACUCAUCAAGAUUGUGAAGAAAACCUAUAGGGACUUCCGACUACAGGGUGUGCUGGAAGGCACCCUGAACAGUAAGACCUAUGAUACCCUACACAGACGUUUAACAGUAGAGGAGGCUACAGCUUCUGUUUCAGAAAGCGGAGGACUUCAAGGCAUCACGAUGAAAGACAGUGAUGAAGAAGAAGAAGGCUGA